AUGGUUCCAAGAUCAGAUGUUUGGGAACACUUCAGCAAGAUCAAACUUGAUAAUGGAGAGGAGAGAGCCAAGUGCAAGUACUGCGGCAAGCAACUCCGCUAUGACACAAAGUUAAAUGGUACGUCCUCCAUGAAGGCACAUUUGAAAAUCUGCAAGAAGAAUCCUCACAAACCUAUAGUAGAUAAUCAAGGUGAUGGGCUGAAAGAAUUUGAUAGAUCAAUCGCUCGUGUUCGGGCUGCUGUUAAGUAUGUUAGGAGUGGACCAUCUAGGUUGGUAAAGUUCAAGAAAGGUGCUGAGUUAGCAAAGGUUCAGACCAAAGCAUUUUUCAACCUAGACGUCUGCACUAGGUGGAACUCAACUUACCUGAUGCUACAAACUGCACAAGAGUAUGAAAAGGCCUUUGAAAGGUAUAGUGAUGAAGACCCAUAUUAUAGUCUAGAGUUAGAGAGUCAGAAACUGUGGGCAAUAGUCAACACUUAUUUUUGUGAUUUGUUUGAGGAGUACAGAGAACUGUAUGCUCCAUCUCCAAGUGACAAGAUGAGCAAUAAGGGGAGUGCCAAUACCACUGUGAAGUUUGAACUAGACAAGUACCUUUCAGAAGAUAAUGAGGAGCUUAGUAAAAGUUUUGAUAUUAUAAAAUGGUGGAAGAACAAUGCUACUAGAUUUCCCAUAAUGUCUCAUAUGGCCCGUGAUCUUUUGGCAAUUCCUAUCUCAACAGUAGCCUCUGAGUCAGCCUUCAGUUCAGGUGGAAGAACACUUGAUGAUUUUAGGACAUCACUCACACCAACAAUGGUUGAGCGGCUCGUUUGUACAAAUGAUUGGCUUUGUGGAAACAACUACAUCAGUGUUGAAGAGGACACAGAAGCAUUGGCCAGGAUUGAGGAAGAAAUUGGUGCCCUGGCCAUUUCUGAGGAUAGCACUACUGCUACUGCAUCUUGA